AUGUUAUCUUUGAGAAGCAACCGUUUGAAUGGUGGAAUUCCUGCGUCUUCUCAGAUUCAAGCAUCAAGUCUUCUGAUGCUUGAUGUAUCAGAUAAUUGCUUGGCCAGUACACUUCCCACUAACGUGCUCGCAUCAUUUCCAGACUUAUUCUAUCUUAACCUGUCGAAUAACGCCCUCGAAGGCACCCUUCCUUCAUCUUUUGACAAUCUGUUAAAGUUAGAGGUUCUAGACCUUUCUCACAACUUCCUACAGGGAAAACUUCCUCCAGCUUUAAGACAGAACCACACUUCAUUGGCACAUUUAGUUCUUUCAAACAACUACUUUCAUGGGGAGGUUAUGCCCCGAUUUUCAAAUAUGUCAAAUCUUGCAUACUUGCUUCUUCAAAAUGAUGGAUUUAUUGGAGUCCUCCCUGCUUCUAUGUUUAACCUUCCUGUUCUGAAGGUCAUGGACAUUAGUGGGAAUAAUUUAUCAGGGAAUGUUCCAGAUUAUUUUCCUCUCUUUCCACAUCUAGCCAUACUUAUCUUGGCAAGAAACCAGUUUCAUGGGAUUAUUCCAGUGUCUUUGUGCCAGAUGCAAAAGCUUCAUGUUUUGGACAUGUCAGCAAAUUUACUCUCUGGGGUUUUACCUUCUUGCCUCGGUAACAUAACCGCGUGGACGAAAGAAUCUCAAGUUCUACUCCCAGCCUUCAUGUGGUUGUCUCCUUCAUAUGCUAACUACAGGGUCAAAGUUCCUUUAACAACCAAGGGGAAUGAACUCUCUUAUGAAGGCAUUCCUCUUUCUCAAAUGACUAUACUUGAUCUAUCUAUGAACCAUUUCAAUAGUGAAAUUCCAUCACAACUAGGACAACUAGCAGCUCUCCGUUCAUUAAACCUCUCGCACAACGUCCUGUCUGGUCAUAUUCCGGAAUCUUUCAUGAACUUAAAGCAACUGGAGAGUUUGGAUCUUUCUUCUAACCAUCUCAUUGGAAAAAUCCCUCCUCAGAUGACUCGACUUGAUUCACUUUCAACUUUAAAUUUGGCUUUCAACCGUCUGUCAGGAAGAAUCCCAUUUGAACAUAAAUUUGUCACCUUUGAAGCAUCUAGUUAUAGAGGUAACAAGGAACUCUGUGGACCGCCACUGGAAAAUGAUUGUGUGUUCUUGAGCCCUCCUCAGCAGCAUGAAGAAGAAGAAAAAGAAGAAGAAGGCGAGAAGCAAGGAAUUGGUGAGAGUGACUUCUUUUUCUUCUCAUGCAUAGCUGUUGCUUAUGUUUUGGGAUUUUGGAGUGUCAUUGCUCCUCUUCUUCUUAGUAAGAACUGGCGCACGACAUAUUAUGCUAAGGUUCAUAGCUGCAUUGAACUGUGCAAGGAGAAACUUCAUCUGUCCUAA